GACUUAGCAGAUCAUCAGGGGUGCAAAUAUACAGGGCAGGAAACAUGUUUCUUCGUUCAUUAGCUUCACCGUAAGAAUAUCGAUACUCACGCCCUCUUCUGGAAAUUCCAGCUUAUGAUAUGCAAAGAAAAUUAUAUAUCCAUAAAUUUUAAAUGCAUUUGAACUUUGUUUUUUAUUCGAUACACGUGAGUAAAAUAUGAAAUUAAAAAUGUCUAAGCCUUUUAAUAUAAAAUCAGUUAAGCGUAUGCUUAUGGAAGAAGAUAGAUUUAUAUCAGACAUUUUUUCUAAAAUGCCAUUACCUUCGUACGAGCUUGUGGCUCAAAAUGAACAUUAUGAAUAUCAGAAUGAAUAUUCAAGUCGAAGGAAAGAAAAAGUAUUUUCUGGCCCAGAGGAGAAAGGAAAAAGGGCACAGACAUUUGAAGAAUUACAUGCCAAAUUUAACGAACUUAAAGGUAAAAAGUUAAAUUACAAAGAUAAGUUAAUUAAAAAAGGAUUGAAAAAUAGGAUACAAAAGAAAACCAAAAGAGAAGAAAGAUUGAUGAAAAAAAAAAAGAUUAAAAUUGAAGAAACGUCCGUUGAAGAUAUAAAAAUUAAAGAAGAAUCUGACGUACCUAAAAUUCCAAAACAAAAACCUAUAUUUAAUUCUAAAGGUAACAUGGUAUUUAGCAAGUUUGAUUUUUCUGAAAUUGGAACCAAAAAAAGCCCUUUAAAAACUGAAAAGAAUCCAAAAAAAAUCUUACAAAAAUUGCAGGAGAAGAAAGAAGAAAUAAAGCAACUUGAAAAGGCUGGAAAUAAGGAAUUGGCUCUUGAAAUAAAAGAGACAGAUAUAUGGAAAUCAGCUUUAGCAAAAGCUACCGGUGAAAAAGUAAAAGAUGAUCCCGAGCUUCUGAAACGAACGAUAAAGAGAGACGAACAAAAAAAGAAGCAAAGUAAAAAGAAAUGGGAAGCUAGGAAAGAAGGAGUGCAAAAAUCGUUACAAGAACGGCAGCAAAAAAGGUUUGAUAAUAUAUCAAAGAGGAAAAUGGAUGUGAAAAAGAAUAAAAUGAAAAAAGCUGCCAAAAAAGGCCGUGUCAUUCCAGGUUUUUAGGAUAAAUUUUAUAGAUAAUUUAUUAUUUUAAUUAAU